AUGAAAAGAAAGCAAUUCGAUGAUGAGAAACUACCCACCAGCAAGAAAUUAAAAGAAUGCCCACAAAUAACAAGCAGUGCUGUUUCUUGUGUACUUGAUGAAAGUUUCGGAUCAAAUUUUCUCCACAUUAAAUUUACUUUAACCAGAAAAUCAAUAAUCAAGUGGAAAACAAAUAUUCCCUCUGAUUUUAUUCCUAUUGAAUAUUAUUUUGAUAAAGAAUUUGUUAUGGAGGUGGUAAAGAAGGAUGGAUAUGAACUCAGGUGUGCUUCACAUGAAUUGACAAAUGACAGACAAGUUGUUUUGGAGGCAGUCAAGAAUAAUGUAAAUGCUAUUUGGUUUGCAUCUGCAAAUUUGAAAAAUGACAAGGAGUUUAUAAAACUUGUGCUGGAAAAAGAAAUUAAUCAUGAGGAAUUCAUAUAUGGAUCAGUACUCGCUUGUUUGUCGAAUGAAUUAAGAAAUGACAGAGAAAUUGUUUUACAAGCAGUAAAACAACAUGCGUUUGCAUUGGAAUUUGCCUCACGAACAUUACAGAAUGAUUACAAUCUUGUUUUGAAAGCAGUUCAACUCCAUGGAAGUUCACUCACAAAAGCUUCUUUAGAGUUGAAAAACAACAGAACAAUAGUAUUGGAAGCAAUCAAAAGAAAUGGAUCAGCAUUCAGAUAUGCCUCAAAGAAAUUGAGAAAUGACAGACAAGUUAUUUUGGAGGCAAUCAAGACCUAUGAUCAAACACUUUACUUUACCUCAGAAGAACUGCAGAAUAAUAAGGAAUUUAUUUUAGAAGCAGUGAAAAUGAAUGGCUGGAUACUUAAAUGUACAUCAAGUGAAUUGAAAAAUGAUGAGGAAGUUGUAUUGGAAGCAGUAAGACGAAACAGACAAUCACUAAAGUUUGCUUCUGGAAAAUUGCAGCAAGAUACUGAUUUCGUUUUGAAAGCUAUUACGCAAAAUACAGAGGCACACCAACUUGACUUGGACGGUGAUGCAAUAAUUAUUGAACGACAGCAUAUUUUGGAUGCUAUUAAGAAACAAGACGGAACUGUUAUUCAAACAAUACCAAGUCCAUUUCAAAACGACAAGGAAAUUGUAAUGGAAGCAGUUAAACAAAAUGGGUUAGCGCUAAAAUAUGCCUCACAUGAGCUUCAGAAUGAUACUGAAAUAGUUUUGGAAGCUGUUAAAAGAAAUAAUUAUGCUCUCAAAUAUGCCUCAAUGGAAUUGAGAAAUAACAAACAAGUUGUCUUGGAAGCAGUUAAAAGUCACUCAAACGCGCUCAAAUAUGCCUCAGAAGAGCUGCAGAAUGAUAAGGAAAUAGUUCUAGAAGCAGUUAAACAAAGUGGAUAUACACUCAAAUAUGCCUCCACCGAACUACAACACGAUAAGGAAUUAGUUUUAAUAGCGAUUCAACAGUAUGGAAUUAUUUGCCCAGAGGAGUUUAGUAAUGAUAGGGAAUUUCUUUUGCAAGCUGCUAAACCAAAUGGACGUUCUGUAAUGGAAUUUGUUUCGAAUGAAUUAAGAAAAGAUCAACAAUUUAUUUUGGAGCUGGUUAAACGAAAUGUAUUAGAAACUCAUUAUCUUCCAAAUGAAUUUAGACAUGACAUGAAACUUAUGUCUGAGAUAGUUAGACACAAUGGAGUAGCAUUGAAAUACAGUUCAGAAGAAUUGACAAUUGAAGAAAAAUAUAUUUUGGAAGAAGAAGCAAUUUUACAAAAUGGAUUUUGUUUGGAUUUUAGUUUUGAAAAAUUUUGUAAAAGGAUCACACGAGAAUAUCCUGAAUUAUACUUGCCAAAUUACAAGUUUAAACAUUUGGGUGUUGAUUUUCAUGUAUUGAAUGCGCCAUUUAGCGUUCCUAAUGUAGCAAAGUUGUUCUAUUAG